UUGAUGGAUAGUAACUUUUGAAAAUGGUUAAUAAAGAAAAAAAAAAGAGAAAUAAGUAAAGAAAAAAUGUGAUGGAAAGUGGAAAAUGUUAAAAUAAAGGCAACAGAUGAAGCCGCCACGCCCGCAUCAACUAGACGGUUACCCAGGGGUCAGUGGAGGAGGGCGGGUGCUUUUGGCGCAGUCGCUAAAGGCGUUCUAUGCAACCAGUCUUGCUUUAGAACGUGUAGGGCGACUUAUUCUAGCCCUCAACAACGAAUUACUCCUGUUCACUGCACCUAACACACUUAAUAUAUAUUCAAAUUGCGUAUGGCCCUAUGGCCAGCACUAGUGUUGUGCAUUUUAAGAGACAUCUUGCAUUGUCGAUGGCUCCGAGCUUUUAAUCAUUCACCACAGCAUCAGGGUGGGAGGUGGACGGGGGGAGGAGAAGCCAUGGAUGUCUUUUCUUCAGUGUGAUGUACAAAAUGUUUGAUAUUUUAUUCGGUAAAUUUGAUUAUCUAUUUAAAUUCAGUGAAUUGAAUCUGUUAUAAUUUGUUGUUAACUAGUGUAUUAAACGGUUUUGUUGUGGUUCAUUAAAUACUAUAGGAUUUUUUUCUGAGGUUAAAUGGUGUGCCGGUGCCGUGAAUUGAGUGAGUGACUCUGUUGUCACGUCGUGAGGUUGAAACGAGUGUCCAAGUGACGUUUCAGUCACGUUGCUAGCAACUAUAAUACAUUUGACACGUGAUUUUUUCAAAAUUAAGAGGGACAUUUUUCACCCUUGUUAUUAUACACCUUCCGUUUUUAAAUAAUCACAAUGGCGGAUGACGAAGUACUCUUCGAUGAUGUUUAUGAGCUCUGUGAAAUUAUUGGCAAGGGACCAUUCAGCGUAGUACGAAAAUGUAUUCAUCGCCAGACAAAUCAAGUUUUCGCUGUAAAAAUCGUCGAUGUUGCAAAGUUUACUUCUAGUCCUGGUCUUAGUACAGCAGAUUUAAAAAGGGAAGCUACAAUAUGUCACAUGUUAAAGCAUCCUCAUAUAGUAGAACUUCUCGAGACUUACAGCUCAGAAGGAAUGCUGUACAUGGUUUUCGAGUACAUGGAUGGAGCCGACCUUUGUUUCGAAGUUGUUCGACGUGCGACAUCGGGAUUUGUAUACAGCGAGGCCGUAGCUAGUCAUUACAUGAGACAAAUUCUGGAGGCAUUACGGUAUUGUCAUGAGAAUGAUAUAAUUCAUCGAGAUAUUAAACCACAAGGUGCAUUGUUAGCUGGAAAAGAAAAUUCGGCGCCAGUUAAAUUACGAGGAUUUGGGGUAGCAAUGCAGCUUCCAGCGUCUCAAAACAAUACAGAGACUUACACGACCGAGUUCCGAUAUCUGAGCCCAAAGGGCAAGCAGUACUUGAAGACCGACUCUGCGGGGAGAGUUGGAUGUCCACAUUUUAUGUCACCGGAAUUGAUUGAACAUCGUCAAUAUGGAAAACCUGGAGAUGUUUGGGCUGCUGGUGUUUUACUUCACAUUCUUCUUACGGGAACAUAUCCUUUUGUUGGAUCAGGGAUGAGAUUAAAAGAAGCCAUAUGUAGGGGGCGUAUUCAAAUGGAAACUCCAAUUUGGGAGAACAUUAGUGAACCAGCAAAAGAUCUUAUUGAAAGGAUGCUUACAGUAGAUGUAAAUCACCGAAUUACUAUUCAAGAAGUGCUUAAUCACAAGUGGCUUAGAGAUCGAGAUAAAGGUGCUGCACGAAUUCAUCUGAGUGAAACAGUAGAGGAAUUGAAAAAAUUUAAUUCUAGAAGAAAGCUCAAGGAAUCUGUAAAAAUAGCUGUUUCUUCAUCAAAAUGGCAUUCCGAUGCCAGUGGUGAUAACUUAUCAGAUAUUGUAGAUGACGAUUAUAGUGCAGACUUCGUAGCUGAAAUUCUGGAUUCGCUAGAUGACAUUGAGAUAUUGCAGGAGAGCGGGAGAUUAACGCGAGAAGAAAUUCUUGAGGCUGUUGAUGAUCGCUGGUUACGAGCGAUGUUGGAGUUGUACGAUAGAAUCUCAACUAGAGUACCAACACCAAGUCGUCCUCCACCGACUGACGCAUUGGCACGUCUCCGAGAUGUUGAAGAAUUUCUUCGGGAAUUGGAGUCAUCAAAAUAUCACAGAAUUGACCCUUGUGAUCUUAGAGAACUUUUGGAAUUGCUUAGCCAGCCUUAUUUAAAGGCAUUAUUGCAAGCUCACGAUGUGGCAGGCCAUGAAGUUUAUGGAGAGGAAGCGUCAAGAGUCACACCACCACCGUUGCUUCCUUACCUCAAUGGUGAUGACAUCGAAGGUCAGAAUGGUGAUAUGGAUGUGGAAAAUGUUACCCGAGUCAGGCUCGUUCAAUUUCAGAAGAAUACUGAUGAGCCAAUGGGGAUAACAUUAAAGAUGAACGAGGAUGGGAAGUGCGUUGUGGCAAGAAUCAUGCACGGAGGAAUGAUUCAUAGACAGGCUACACUUCAUGUUCUUGAUGAAAUAAAAGAAAUCAAUGGAAUUCCAGUUGCUAAUCAGUCAGUCAAUACUUUACAAAAAAUGUUGCGUGAGGCAAGAGGAUCUGUAACAUUCAAAAUUCUGCCCUCUUACAGGAUCGCGCCACCCCCUUGCGAGUUGUUCAGGAUUAGGCCUCUGCCAGUAUUAAUUUUUGUUCGAGCACAAUUCGAUUAUGAUCCACUUGAAGAUGAACAUAUACCGUGUGCCCAAGCUGGAAUAGCCUUCAAGACGGGAGACAUCCUGCAGAUUAUCAGUAAAGAUGAUCAUCACUGGUGGCAAGCGCGUAAAGAUAAUGCUGCUGGUUCAGCAGGACUUAUUCCAUCUUCUGAACUUCAAGAGUGGAGAAUUGCCUGUAUGGCAAUGAAAAAAAACAAACAAGAACAAGAUGCUGAAGGAGAGGGUGGCUGUUCUCCUCACACCGAGGGCUGUGACAGCUCGACAGUCAAUUGCUCAAUUUUCGGCCGCAAGAAGAAACAGUACAAGGAUAAAUACCUUGCAAAACACAACGCGGUUUUCGACCAGCUGGAUCUGGUUACUUAUGAGGAAGUUGUUAAAGUACCUCAUGAAGCUUUCCAACGUAAAACUCUCGUUCUAUUGGGAGCUCAUGGUGUUGGUCGUCGUCAUAUAAAAAAUACCAUUAUUGCCAGGCAUCCUGAUAAAUAUGCCUAUCCAAUUCCGCACACAACGAGGCCUCCACGAAACGACGAAGAAAACGGACGCAAUUAUUACUUUGUUUCACACGAUGAAAUGAUGUCAGACAUCAGCGCUAAUGAGUAUCUCGAAUAUGGAACUCAUGAGGAUGCCAUGUAUGGAACAAAAUUAGAGACAAUUCGAAAAAUUCAUGAGGAAGGAAGAAUGGCAAUAUUGGACGUAGAGCCACAAGCUUUGAAAAUUCUCCGGACUGCAGAAUUUGCUCCCUAUGUUGUUUUUAUUGCUGCACCCUCCGUACAAAACCUCAAUGACUAUGACGGUAGUCUCGAGAGGCUUGGAAAGGAAUCGGACAUGUUGAAGCAAGCGUAUGGGCACUUUUUUGAUUUAACUAUUGUGAAUGACGAUAUUGAGGAAACGAUCGCACAACUGGAAGCAGCAAUUGAACGAAUACAAACGACACCGCAGUGGACACCAGUACGAUGGGUCUAUUGACAACGGUCCUCGCCAACUCACGUAAUAAAUACAAGUUGCAAUGGUUUACCGGCGGAGAAAUAUUAGAAAUAAAAUUUUACGGUUGUUAGAUCAAAAUGAAAAAAAAGGGUCAACGAAGUACAAGUGUGACCACGUGUUCAUGACUACUAUUAACUCAAUUAAACAAAAUAUUACUAUACGCAAGGAAUGUCAUGUGAGAAAGGGACCGAACUUGACAGCAGACAGCAAAAUGACAGAUUGACAUUAUUGAAAAAUAAACAAUAAGUAGAAACAAAAGAAAAACUGAACUAUUAGUAGGAUAAAAAAAAAUGAAAACUCAUCACUUCUUCCUGUCGCUUGCGGUUAUCAUCAAGUCCCCACCAACAUUCUCUGUGCAUGAUUCAAUAAGUAUUAUUCUAGAAUAAAUUAUUGUGACUAUCGUUGAUUAUAUUAAUUCAUUAAUUAUAUUAAUCAACGAAGUAACGAAGCUUUAUUAAUUAUCUGACGAGCGGAUACAUUUCCAGAUGAUCAAAAUAUUAUUCCAAAAAAAACUAAUAAUUAAAAAAAAUAUAUUGCAGUCAUCGCUAAAUAAUUUUUAAAUGCAUGAAAGAAUAUUAAAAAAAAAAAAAAUUAGAUGAGAAAUUUAUUGGAUUUAUUACUGAUUAUCGACACACAAUAUUAGUUUAUCAAUAAAAUCAAUGAUAAAAUUGCUCGAAUAGUUUUAGAGUGUCGGCUAAUUAUUAAUUUUACAUUCACUAAUGGAAUAAAAUUAUUUAAUUAAAAACCAAAACCUAUUAAGAGGCUGAAAUGAAUUGUUUAUCAAUAAAAUAAUUAUUGCCUCUAUAUUGUACAAUUCAUGUUACUAACGAAAAAUAGAAAAUUUCGUCUGGUAGCGAACUGAUUAAUUGCAAUAAUUAUCUCUCAAGCUAGGUGUAAUUAAUCAAAUCAAUUCAUUUUAAGCUCGAAUUUCAAAUAUUAGCAUUGUGUGCAUAAUAAUCAAUCAUUUCAUAAACAUACAUUGCUGUUUAUAUACCAAUUUUUUUUAUCGUUAUUAUUAUAAAAUAAUUAAAUUGUUGGGAAGGCUCGUGUAUAAUUAACGUUAAUAAAAAUAUUUAUCUGUCGUAUAUUUUUUUGUCAAAAGACGAGAGAAAUUAAAUCAUUAAUUGAAAAUAAUAUUAAUGAGUUAUAAUGUUUUGAAAAAAAAAAAAUUUAUUUAUGUAUUGUAUGAGAUAAUAUACGCCUUCACUAAAAUAAUUUGUCGGUUAAAAAGUUAUAUGACUAAAUUAAUGAUAAUAUUUCAUGACAAAAAUAUUUAAACUCUCGUCAGAUUACGCCUACAGCUAAUGUUUCAUACCUUUCUGAUUUUUUAUCAUUCAUUUUGCACUCAAUUAAACUCGCACUGUAAUAGAAAUUUUUCCCAUCUUCUUAAAUCAUUCAGAGAAACAAUAAAAAAAUACAACAAAUAUUGCCGACAUGUCGAGAAAGAGUAAAAAACAUGAAAGAAAAGCAAAAAGUAACGUCAAAUAAACGGAAAAUUCCACACCAUGCCAAAGCCUUUGCAUGUAGUAUCAAAAAAUAAAAACCGCAAGUCAUUGAUUGUUUAAUUAAUGCGGUUAUAAAGUGAUUAAUAACAAAAACAAUCGAUAUAAUUAUUGUAUGAAUGAAAAUGAGAGUUUGAUUGAACGAUAGGACUAAAAAUUACAUUAAAAAUGGUUUUGUAAGAUUUCUUAUAAUUUGUAGUGGCCAUUGUCCAGUAAAUUAUUAAAAAAAAAAUUAAUAAUAAUGACUGACGGUAUUACUUGACGAUGAUAAACGAUAAAAUACGAUGAUUAUCAUAAAAUUUUAGCUCUAAACGUGUAUUUAGAACUGCAUUUUUAUGAUAUUCUGUGAGAUUUUAAAGAGUAACGUUAAAAGAUGACGGGUCUAAAACAAGAAACAAUAACGGUUCAUUAUAAUUAUGUAAUUAUAAAUGAGCAGAAUGAAGAUUAUAAUAAUAUGUUGUUAAUUGAAUUAAUAAAAAUAGCCCAAACGACAGAUUAA